GACAUUCUUGUCGAAAGGAGAAAAACACAGCGAAAAAAACAUCCAAAGAAACGUAAAGGUGGACAGACGAAAAUUACUUCUGGAAGUUUGCAAAAUUUCUGAAUUUUAUUUUGGAAAAUUUACCUACCAGAAAGUUGUGUGUGUGUGAACAUUUAAAAGUAACUGUUAAAGACCCAAGAACCGAAGAACGUGCAAACCGAUAUGACGGCACCGCGUAGACUUCGCAAAGAGCUGACCGAUCUUCAAGCUUGCGGUCUAAAAUCUUUCCGAGAGAUUAAUGCAGACGAGGAAAAUUUGCUGCGUUGGACAGGCUUGAUAGUGCCAGAUAAUGCUCCCUAUAAUAAAGGUGCAUUUCGAAUUGAAAUUAAUUUUCCAGCAGAAUACCCUUUUAAACCGCCAAAGAUAAUUUUUAAGACCAAAAUCUACCACCCGAACAUCGAUGAAAAGGGUCAAGUGUGCUUGCCAAUUAUAUCGACUGAAAAUUGGAAGCCUGCAACACGUACAGACCAAGUUGUUCAAGCAUUGAUUGCCCUAAUUAAUGAUCCUGAACCAGAACAUCCUUUGCGAGCCGAUUUGGCAGAAGAGUAUCUGCGGGACCGGAAGCGUUUUAUGAAGAAUGCCGAAGAGCACACCCGGAAGAAUAGCGAAAAACGGCCGACGGAUUAGAAUAAAGCGCUGCCAAAAAAUUAAAAUAUAUACACAUAUUUGAAAGUAGAAAAAAUAUAUACAUAUAUAAAUACGGAAAUAAAAGAAUGUAUCAUCAUUGGCGUUGAAGUGCACCUCCAGUCACGGGAGGCAUUGGUAAAAUUAUAUUAUUAAUAGCAAUAGCGGAGGGGAAGCGUGGAAUUUUUAGGUUAACGUGAAAAUGAAGUAUAUGCUGUUGCACAUUAUAUUCCUAUAAAUAAUGACCGACUAAUAUUAAAGAAACUUGCGUUAAAGAUAUCAAAGACAUUUUCUUUUUUUAGAUUCGUUUCAUUUAAAUUAAUGGUAAUUUACAAAUAAAUAUGUUUGUAUGUUCAAAAUACUAGAAACCAUAGUGAGAUGAAAUUGUGCCGAUUCCGCAUUUUGAAUACUGUCUGCCCUAUAUUCAAUGUGAAAAUUUGUGACUUAAAAUAAUAAAAGUAUGAAAAAUA